AUCCAGUUUUCCAGCUCCUGACAGAAUGUUGCGCUUAUUAUAAAUAGCAGCUGAUGCAGAUGCACGCAAAGAUAUGUGUUAAUGAGCAACCUCAGAAUACCAAAGAAAGUGCUUUACAUAUACAAGCAAAGCAAAUAGAUGGACCUUGUGACAUCUCUGGACACCCACUCUUCUUGAUAGGCCUUCAUCUGUGGGUGUAAAACGAAGAUUUGAAAGAAGCCAACACUAAACCACAAAUAUACAGCAAGAAGGCCAUUUUCUCAAACAAGAGUCAGCCUUUAACAUGUUUCAGGAUGAUUCUUGUCUCUGGAUGUCAGCUGUCAUGAUGGGAGAGGAAUUAGUAAAUUCCCAGGUCAGUUUACACUGCAGAGUGAUCUUGGUCUGCAUGAAUCAGUAAGGAUGGACUGGAUAAACAAGUUGGAACCACAGUUAUGAGUACCAUGACAUUAACCUGAAACAAAUGAGAAGGGAUUGAAAAAUCAGCAGUUAAGUGUCUUUUAAGGCCAUUUCCAACAAAACUACAAAGGACCUAUGAAAGGCUUUUCAGAAAUUACCAUGGUUGACACAGAGAUGCCAUUCUGGCCCACCAACUUUGGGAUCAGCUCCGUGGAUCUCUCCGUAAUGGACGACCACUCCCACUCCUUUGACAUCAAGCCCUUCACUACUGUUGACUUCUCCAGCAUUUCUGCUCCACAUUAUGAAGACAUUCCAUUCACAAGAACAGAUCCGAUGGUUGCGGAUUAUAAGUAUGACCUGAAACUUCAAGAGUACCAAAGUGCAAUCAAAGUGGAGCCUGCUUCUCCACCUUAUUAUUCUGAGAAGACUCAGCUCUACAAUAAGCCUCACGAAGAGCCUUCCAACUCCCUCAUGGCAAUCGAAUGUCGUGUCUGCGGAGAUAAAGCUUCUGGAUUCCACUAUGGAGUUCAUGCUUGUGAAGGAUGCAAGGGUUUCUUCCGGAGAACAAUCAGAUUGAAGCUUAUCUAUGACAGAUGUGAUCUUAACUGUCGGAUCCACAAAAAAAGUAGAAAUAAAUGUCAGUACUGUCGGUUUCAGAAAUGCCUUGCAGUGGGGAUGUCUCAUAAUGCCAUCAGGUUUGGGCGGAUGCCACAAGCCGAGAAGGAGAAGCUGUUGGCGGAGAUCUCCAGUGAUAUCGACCAGCUGAACCCAGAGUCCGCUGACCUCCGGGCCCUGGCAAAACAUUUGUAUGACUCAUACAUAAAGUCCUUCCCGCUGACCAAAGCAAAGGCGAGGGCGAUCUUGACAGGAAAGACAACAGACAAAUCACCAUUCGUUAUCUAUGACAUGAAUUCCUUAAUGAUGGGAGAAGAUAAAAUCAAGUUCAAACACAUCACCCCGCUGCAGGAGCAGAGCAAAGAGGUGGCCAUCCGCAUCUUUCAGGGCUGCCAGUUUCGCUCCGUGGAGGCUGUGCAGGAGAUCACAGAGUAUGCCAAAAGCAUUCCUGGUUUCGUAAAUCUUGACUUGAACGACCAAGUAACUCUCCUCAAAUAUGGAGUCCAUGAGAUCAUUUAUACAAUGCUGGCCUCCUUGAUGAAUAAAGAUGGGGUUCUCAUAUCCGAGGGCCAAGGCUUCAUGACAAGGGAAUUUCUAAAAAGCCUGCGAAAGCCUUUUGGUGACUUUAUGGAGCCCAAGUUCGAGUUUGCUGUGAAGUUCAAUGCACUGGAAUUAGAUGACAGCGACUUGGCAAUAUUUAUUGCUGUCAUUAUUCUCAGUGGAGAUCGCCCAGGUUUGCUGAAUGUGAAGCCCAUUGAAGACAUUCAAGACAACCUGCUACAAGCCCUGGAGCUCCAGCUGAAGCUGAACCACCCUGAGUCCUCGCAGCUGUUUGCCAAGCUGCUCCAGAAAAUGACAGACCUCAGACAGAUUGUCACGGAACACGUGCAGCUACUGCAGGUGAUCAAGAAGACGGAGACAGACAUGAGUCUUCACCCGCUCCUGCAGGAGAUCUACAAGGACUUGUACUAGCAGAGAGUCCUGAGCCGCUGCCAACAUUUCCCUUCUUCCAGUUGCACUAUUCUGAGGGAAAAUCUGACACCUAAGAAAUUUACUGUGAAAAAGCAUUUUAAAAAGAAACGGUUUUAGAAUAUGAUCUAUUUUAUGCAUAUUGUUUAUAAAGACACAUUUACAAUUUACUUUUAAUAUUAAAAAUUACCAUAUUAUGAAAUUGCU